UUUGCAGUUGCACCUUCUUCUCAGUUCAAACUUCACUCAAACACAUAGAGAGAAAAGAAACAUAUGGGAACACUGGGAAGCAACAGAGAAAUAGGAGGGGUUUCGGACGCGGUAGGGGUCAGAUUCCACCCCACUCCGGAGGAAAUGGUGGAUUACUUGAAGCUCAAGAAACAGGACAAGGGUUUCAAAUCUGAUCACAUCGCUGAAUUCGACGUCUGCAACUUCGACCCUUGGGAUUUGGCUGCUCGCAUUCCGUCGGACGAUAUGGUGUGGUACUUCUUCAGCCGUAAGGAGUACAAGUAUAUCAAUAGCACCCGAUCCAACCGAACCACACCAGGAGGUCAGUGGAGAAUCACAGGCAAGGAGCGUCCGGUCAAGGCUCGGCGGUCCAAAGCUCUCAUUGGGAAGAAGAGGACCUUGACAUUCUACCAACGUUGUGCCACUCAACGCAAGCUGAAAAAAACCAACUGGGUCAGGCACGAGUACAGUCUCAUUGAUAGUGAAGCCAUCUCGAAUCCUAAGCUGCGUCAGAAGGAUUUUGUUCUCAAUCGCAUGAAGAAAGAAUUUGAUGACGAGGAUACCUCAAUUGGUGAAGUUGAACUUGGCAGCUACAGUGUGUCUAAUGUUGAAGAUCAUGCUGCAGCUGUUGUGACUCCAGAGUCACAGGAUUGCAGUUCCUCUACAUUCCUGUCAUCAGGAUACAUAGAGCCGGGAGAUGUUCUGCAAACCAAUGAUACUAGUUAUGAUUGUAAUGCAAUGCAAUCACCAUUUGGAGAUAAUCAUUAUUAUUCUUAUACUGAUAAGAAUGAUAUUUCAACCUGUGAUAAAGGUGAUUGGUUCACCAUGUCUGAUUUCGAAAAUGAACCUCCAGAUGAUAUGUGUCAAGAGCCUCGAGUUGGAGAUUUUUAUUCACAUGUUGCAUACAAGAAUAAUAUUUCAACCAAUGAUGAAAAUGAGACGGUUAGCUACGCUGCAUAUGAUUUUGAAAAUCAAUAUGCAGAUGAUAUGAUUCAAGAGCAGUCAUAUCUUCAACCACAAAAAUAUGCAAGAAGUGCUCUGGAUGCUGAUGUCUGUAACAACGGCUACAACAAUUGUCAACCACAAUUUUGGAAUAAAGAUUCUUAUAAGAAUAAUAUUUCAACCAAUAAUGAGUGUGAACAAUUUAGCAACACACAAUUUAAUUUUGAAAAUCAAGCUACGAAUAAAAGGAUUUCAGAGGUAUGUCUUCCACGAGAAGAAGAUUUGGAAUUGGCUUUUUAUCUACCUCAGCUAGAGGACUACACACUGGAGCCACCAAUGAACAAAAAAGUGGGAAAUGUUUUGCAUGACAAUAAUAUAUUGCAUGCAAUGAGUUUCAGUCCCCACUCUGAAGCUAAUGACUUAUCCCACAAACCUCUUGAAUAAAGUUUUAAAAAACUAGUCUACGGAAGUGCAAUAAGCAGUGAUGUGGAAACUGAUGUAGGGUCAUUUAUCUGUGAAAGACCAUAUUGAUUUAGCUAAAUGAGAAAAGCAAAAGAGGCCUUUUGAAUUAGGCAAGCAAGAGGCAGCUGGCAGCAACUGAAAACAUUCUUUCAAGUCCACAAAUCAAGUGAUUUGGAUUUUUAAAAUUUAGUUCAACGACUAAAAAUUAUUAUAACUUUCAAGGGUCCGGAUUUCAAGAGCUGUUGGAUCAAAUUUCAAGAACUCCGAUCACUUGAUCUGUUGAUUUUGAAGGAAGAGAUCCGGAGAUGAUAUCUUUUCCAGAAUAAUGUAUCGACCAAACUGUAGUUCUCACUGUAUUGGCAAUGCUUUUGUUUGUUCUGCCACUGCUACUGCAAGGCUGCCGGAGUUUUUAUCAGUCUACAUGUUAGCGUUACUUUAUAUGUGUUUUUGUGUGUAAUUGGAAUGACUGUUAAAACAUAUGGUUGUAAUUGGUCUUAAACCUUUCUAUAUGUGUAUCCUUGUGUAUUGUUUAUCAGAACAUCUUAUUUUGCA